AUGCCUUCAACCAAGCAAAACCACAUCCUCCUGCUAAAAACCAAGUCCUCCCCGCACGACGGCUACGACGAGUUCUUCUCCGCGCGCAACAUCAAACCAACCUUCAUUCCCGUCCUCACACACGCCUUCCACGACCAGAACCUAAAGCAAAUCAAAGACCUUCUCGAAAGCGGCGGUCUGAACCCGGGGCAUGGGCGCCAAUAUGGCGGGCUAAUAUUUACCUCGCAGCGGGCCGUGGAGGCCUUCGCGGAUCUAUUAAAUAAAGUCGACCGAUCCAUACUAGAAACAUCCUCAAAGAACCUCCCCCUCUACACCGUCGGCCCCGCAACAGCACGCUCCUUGACAUCCCUCCGAGAUACAUACCUUCCACACGCAACAAUCCACGGCGAGGCCUCGGGGACAGGAGAGGUUCUAGCCGGUGAGAUACUAGAACAUUACAAUAGUCUCUUCCCUACAUCGUCAUCGUCACAAUCAGACACGGCUACAAAGCCUCCACUCCUCUUCCUGGUCGGCGAAACGCGACGAGAUAUUAUUCCUAAGACGCUGAUGGGUGAGCAGACGCCCGCGGAGAAGAGAAUCGGUGUUGAGGAGGUGGUUGUCUAUGAGACGGGGGUUGUGGAGGGGUUCGGUGCGGAUUUUGAGGGGGUCCUGGGUGGUCUCCUCCAUGAAUCAGAUACCGGUGUUUGUUCUGGAAGAGGCGAUGAUGGAGGGGUAAUCUGGAUUGUUGUAUUCUCGCCUACGGGAUGUGAUGCGAUGGUUAGGGUUCUGAAGCAGGAGCUUGAACGAGCUGGUGAAGGAGAGAGGAGGAGGGUGUUUCUUGCGACGAUUGGGCCUACGACGAGGGAUCAUUUAAUCAAUAAGUGUGGGUUUCAGCCGGAUGUUUGUGCGGCAAAACCGUCGCCGGAGGGGGUUGGGGCGGGGAUUGAGGAUUUUAUGAAGAAGUUGGGAUAG